AUAAUUAAUAGCUCUUUGAGGUCCGUCUGAGCUUCAACCUUGUCAAAUGUGUCAACCGGGGAGCACAUUUCAGUCUUUCUUAAGAAGGAAUCGUGGGCAGUAAUCUGAGGGCCGAAAGGCUUCAUAUUGAUCGCAUUUUCAGCUUCCUUGACCCUAAAAUCGUCCAGAAGCGUUUUUUCACGGCUAAAUUCGUCAAAGAUUGGACCUGUUUUCACUCAAAAUAGUGGAGUAAUGCGAAGGAUAAGUAAUUUGCGGCCCAGAAUAGAAAGCGAGAUUCUUGGAUAAGGAUUUUUCAGCUUUUUUAUGGCAAAUCUUUGCAAAAUAGAAAGUCACUGAAAGCCAGCGUAUAUCAGUGAGCAGCAUUGUUGUGUAUUGGGUUGUAAAUUUUCAGAGGAUCGGUUGCGUAUACGAUAUGGCAGAAGGUGAUUUUAGAGUAUACGACACUUGUGGCUUAGAGUCGCAGCUCCAUUCGAAUUUGGAAUGCUUUCUCGAUUCAGUUACUCCAAAUGUACGGGCUAAUUGUCUGCCAAAGUCAUGCCUGAGGGAGCUUGCAUCCAACAAGUUUUGGCAGCCGUCAAAUGCAGAAUCUGUGCAGUAUUAUUCACUGGGAGACCUAUGGGAGUGUUAUGACGAAUGGAGUGCUUACGGGGCUGGUGUGCCGAUCCAAUUGAAUAGCAAAGAAACUGUUGUUCAAUACUACGUUCCAUAUCUCUCUGCACUGCAAAUCUAUACCAUCAAAUCCCGCUCAAACUUCAGGAUUCCAAGAGAAGAGAGUGAUGGAAGUGAUUUUGAUCUCAGGGAUCCCAGUGCCGAUUCCUGGAGUGAUUGCAGUGAUAAUGAUAAAUUAUCCAGCUCAUUAAGCAAUACAAGUGACAGAUCAGAAGGAACUUGGGAUGCUGGCUACGAAGAUUCAGCUUUCGAUCCUGAAAAUUCAUGGCAUCUACGUGACAGGGACAGACUUGGAAGCCUUUAUUUUGAGUACUUUGAGCGAUCAGCACCUUAUGCAAGAGUGCCAUUAAUUGACAAGAUCAAUUGUUUUGCACGGGAAUAUCCAGAGCUAAUGUCCUUGAGAAGUGUAGAUCUUUCUCCGGCAAGCUGGAUGUCAGUUGCCUGGUAUCCAAUAUAUCAUAUCCCAUCAGGAAGAACCAUUAAAGAUUUGUCAGCAUGCUUCUUAACUUAUCAUACGCUGUCAUUGUCAUUCCAAGAGAAUGAAAAUGGUGAUGGUAACGAAGAGGGGUCUUCUGAAAACCAGCUUGCAAAAGUUAAAAUCAAGGAUUCUCAGAGUGUUUCUCUUCCUCCUUUUGGACUGGCCACCUACAAAAUGAAGGGAAAUCUGUGGACAUCUGCAGAAAGUUGUGAUCAACAAAGGAUGGUUUCUUUAGUGAGCUCUGCUGAUUCCUGGUUGAAGCAGCUCAGUGUUCGGCAUCCUGAUUUCACAUUUUUUAUCUCACACAGCAUGUGAAUGCAAGCAUGCAUUUUUGCUAACUAUUUGGGCAAAGUCCUUCCCAUAAUAGAUACCAGAAGCCUUCUCUAACAUUUUUGCAGUAAGCCUAAUACUCAACAUUAAAGAGUGAAUUUGAGGUUGUGGAAGUUUCCUGUUAAGUUCUGUACACUCACAGGAAAUUGUAGGAACUGAAAUGAUCCGUUUUGGAUUGUCUGCAAAAGCCUAGUACUAUGUGACAAUAUCUAGGACAGGAUAUGAAGAGGGGUUUGAAGAGGAAGAACGGAAGAGAGGAAAAAAGGGCACAUUAACAAAACUGGAAAACUAAAAGCUAGUUUAGUUUGGUAUUUCAAAGGAAUCUGCAUUGUGAUAAUAGAUUGUACAUAGUUCAAGGCAGUUUUUCUUUUGACUGUUAAAUCAUGUUAAGGAACUAAGCAACAAUUUCCGCUAGAUGAUUUUGUUGAGGUGUACAUUUUGUAAGGAUCCCUCGGUGAGCAAGUUUUAAUCUACUCUUAUUGUAAAUCUGUCAUUUCACCUUAAAUUUUAUGUGCUUAUUUUGGUUUCAUACAA